AGGGAAGGGAUCAGCGGCGCUACCAUACAGACACGAUGCACACUGCAUCUCGACACCCUGCCGGGGGCAACGGGAACCGGAGCGGGCGGCAGCGCUCCCCAGGCCAAAGGCCGGAGAGGAGAGGGCUGCGAUGCCUGGGAGAGCACGGGGUCGGGCUGCGAGGCCGUCUCAAGUGCCUCUCGACAGAGGCGAUGAGGGGGAAACCAACGUUCUUCCACUUGCACUAUGCUGACAUCUCCAAAUCAAAGCUUUGCCGCACGUUGCUGUUUCUCGGUGGCAGGUAUGAAACACGCCAUCAGCUUCUGACAAUUCCUUUCUCUCGCUACCAACGUAACCGGGAAUUUGCAAGAGCUUUAACGAACCCUCACAUCCCCGUUACGUGCCGUGCUGCCCACACGCAGCAGCAGCCUCUCUCUCCCCAGCGCUGAGGAGCUCGUAGAAAAGUAUUGCCCAGCAGAAGCCAUCAUUUCCACUUCAGCUCGAACUCCGGGGAAGAGAGGAGAAAAGCACCGAGAAAGUUUUAUCUGGCAGCAGAAGCAGCCUCCCGCUGUGCCUGCCUGCAGCAGCCGGACUGGGACGAACCGAACCGAGGCUCUUUGUGAUUGACGCUCCACACACCGCGGAACGCAUUGAGUCACUUUCACUUCGAUGGGGGAAUUUGCACACAAGCUCGGAGAGAAACGGACUUAAUAAAUGUUUUCCGCAGCCCCCGCCCCGGCGAAAAUAAAACAGUACCAUAAAAUAAAGACGCCACA